GUGGUUGUCGGAACUUGCCAUUAUCAGAGAUCAGAGGUCAAUAUUCAGGACAUUUACGUAAAAACAAUUGAAAGUCUACUUAGCUGAUGUGCUAUAAAAAGUAGAAGACACAGAAAAGAAGGAGACGACGAAAAUACGGUGAACAUGGGAAAACAUUCUCUUGUCUUCUUCAUAAAUGGAAGAAAGGUGGAAGAGGAGUCUCCUAGUCCAGAAACAACAUUACUACAGUAUCUCAGAAGAGUUUUAUUUUUACCUGGAACAAAAGGAGCCUGUGAACAAGGAGGAUGUGGAGCUUGUACAGUAAUGAUAUCUCAGAAGAUAGACAACAAAUUAGUCCAUUUCUGUGCCAAUGCUUGCUUGAUACCAAUAUGUUAUUUACAUGGUAUGGCUGUGACAACAGUAGAAGGUGUGGGAGGUACAGAAAAGGGACUACAUCCUGUUCAGAGAAGUUUGGUGGAUUCACAUGGACUACAGUGUGGAUUCUGUACACCAGGGAUGGUGAUGACAAUGUACACAUUAUUCCACAAUGUACCACAGCCUACAGCUGACCAGAUGGAGAGAGCUCUUGAAGGUAAUCUAUGUAGAUGUACAGGAUACAGACCAAUUGUUGAUGCUUUUAAGCAGGCCUCAAAGGCAUGUCCAUGUGGCUUAGGACUAUGUCAGCAGUCAGAUUCAACAGAUUCAAGCAUUGAUGCACCUACAAUUACAGAACAAAAGGGAGAUCCAUCACAGAGUUUUAUAUUCCCUCCAGAACUACAGGUAAAAGAAGAAUACAGAAAAUCUUCAGUUCUGUUCACCAAGGGGGACUACUCAUGGUACAGACCUGCUUCCCUGUCUGACUUGUUACAGAUCAAGCAGCAAAAUCCUGAUGCUUGUCUUCUGAUGGGAUGCACUUCAGUUGGGUUUUUGCUGAGAACAGGACAGAUGAAAUCAAAAACCAUCAUUUGUGGAUCAAAUGUUCCUGAACUUUCUACAGUAGAGGUGACAGAUACAGACUUUGUCAUAGGAUCUGCUGUUACCAUGAGAAGUCUAGAGCAAGCUCUUAAUGAUAAGGCCAAGGGUGUCAAUGAGAACCAGUUAAGAACUUUUGAUGCUUUACAAGAUGGUUUAAGAUGGAUUGGUGCUGAUCAGAUCAGAAAUAUGGCUACAAUUGGAGGACAUAUCAUGAGCCAGGCUCCUAACCAUGAUUUACAGACACUACUUAUGGCCAUGGGCGCACAACUUAACUUUUUGUAUCUUGAUAAAAAUAAGACACAGAAAAGUCUAAGCUGUAAAUUUGAUGAUACUUUCCUAAAGAAUGGACCUGGAAGAUUUGGAACAGCAGAAAUAAUGACAUCCAUCAGUAUUCCUUUGACAUCUAAGGAAGACUAUGUGAGUUUUUUUAAACAACCAGGAAGGAGAGGAUUUGACUAUGCAGUGUUGAAUGCUGGGAUGUUUAUACAGUUUAAACCGGACAGUCAUAUGGUUAAGCAGGCCAGAAUAUGUUUUGGAAAUAUUGAUAAAAAGCCUGUUUUUGUCAAGUCAGCUGAAUCAGAAUUACAAGGAAAAAAAUGGGAAGAUAUAGACUUCAGUUCUGUGACUGACAAGUUAAUCACAGAGUUAUCCAACAUAGAGAAAGGGGAAGAUUUAAAGUUCAAAACAACAUUAGCUGCUAGUUUUCUGUAUAAAUUUUAUCUACAGAUGAACAAAAGUUUGAAGAUACAAGACAAAGAUUUAAGGGAAAGUAGUGCUGCAGACAAGCUUGAGAUAAACCCAUCUACUGGCAUCCAAAUCUAUGACGUUCCUGAUGAUGAUGGUAAACAUGUUGUUUGGAAACCAGUGCCUAAUGUUGGAUCAGAAUGCAUUGUUACAGGAGAAGCUGUAUUUAUUGAUGAUAUGCCUAAGUUCAGUAAUGAACUAUAUGCUGCAGUUGUUACCAGUACAAGAGCACAUGCUAAAAUAUUGAAAGUUGAUACAUCAGAAGCCUUAGCUGUGCCAGGAGUAGUAGACUAUAUUUGUCAAAAAGAUAUUCCAGGGACUAAUAAAUUUGGGCUAAUGGUACAUGAUAUGACACUCUUUGCUGAAGAGGAAGUGUUGCAUUAUGGUCAGAUAAUUGGAGCAGUAUUGGCCAACACCCGAGAGAUAGCUAGCAAGGCAGCCAAACUUGUCAAGAUUGAUUAUGAGGAUUUAGAGGCUAUUUAUACAAUUGAUGAAGCCAUUGAAAAGAAAUCUUUUUAUGAGCUUGGUUUAACUCUUGAUGAAGGUGACAUGGACAAGGCCAUCAAUGAAGCAGCAGAAAUAGUGUGUGGAGAAGUAGAAAGCCAUGCUCAGGAACAUCUCUACCUGGAACCACAGACAGCUCUAGUCGUACCUAAAAUUGAACAGAGAGAGCUGGAUAUAUACUCUUCUACACAAGCUAUAAAUGAAAUACAGACUGAUGUAUCAAGUAUGCUGUCCAUUCCUAGAAACAGAAUAAAUGUCAGAGUCAGGAGAGUUGGAGGAGCUUUUGGAGGGAAAAGUAGUGAUGCCUUGAUGCCAUCAGGUGUAGCAGCUGUUGCCGCAUGGAAAACAAAGCGACCGGUUAGAAUUGUGUUUGACAGAGCUGUUGAUAUGAGAACAACAGGAAAAAGACACCCAGUAAAGACAAGUUUUAAGGCUGCAGUUACAAAAGAAGGAAAGUUACUUGGAUUAGAGCUGACAGUUUAUUUAAAUGCUGGUUGGAAUCUUGGCCUGAGUUAUUUUGUGUUGAGUUGUGCCUUACCAUACAAUUCUCCCUACAAAAUACCUACGGCCAAGAUAAAAGGUAUUUUGUGUCGGACAAACACCCCAUCAGGUACUGCUUUUAGAGGUUUUGGACACCCACAGAAGUUAUUUUACAUGGAGAAUAUAAUGAGAGCCAUCAGUUUCAAGCUUGGACUUUCAGUAGAUAAGGUGAAGGAGUUAAAUUUUGUAAAUGAAGGUGAUACUAUUUUAGCCAAUAUGAAGUUAGAAGGGAUAUUUUUACAUCAAUGCUGGAAUCGGUGCAAACAACAAGCAGACUAUGACACCAGAGUGAAAGAAAUAGAAAAAUUCAACAGGGAGAACAGAUGGAAAAAGCGUGGUAUUGCUAUGACACCCAAUGUUUUCAAUUUAGGUUAUCCUGCUCAUCUAAUGUUACAGGGAUAUGCUUUGUUGCAUGCCUAUCUUGAUGGAACAGUUUUACUUACCCACGGAGGAAUAGAAAUGGGACAAGGUGUCAAUACCAAAGUCCAACAGAUUGCUGCUACAGUCCUGGAGAUACCUAUCACAGAUAUACUGAUUGGGGAAACAUCCUCCUCAACCGUGCCAAAUACUUCAGAUUCUGGUGGCAGUUUUGUGGCAGAUAUAAAUGGUGGGGCUACAAAGGUAGCAUGUGAAACACUGAUGGAAAGACUGAAACCAUUUAGAGAAGCCAUUCCUGAUGGUACUUUUAAAGACUGGGUUGGAGCAGCAUUUGCAAGUCGAGUCAGUUUAUCAGUUAUGGGCCAUUACAAGGUACCAGGAAUGAAGACAAGCUUUGACGCUAGAAAAAGAACCGGGGACUACACAUGGUACUUUACACAUAAUGCUGCUUGUUCUGAAGUGGAGAUAGAUUGUCUAACAGGAGAACAUCAGCUAAUUAAGACAGACAUUGUUAUGGAUCUUGGUAAAAGUUUGAACCCAGCUGUAGAUAUUGGACAGAUAGAGGGUGGAUUUAUUCAGGGAUAUGGAUUGAUGACAAGUGAAGCUAUUUACCUGAAGCCAAAUGGUCAGGUCAAGAAUUCAGGACCUCUGGACUACAAAAUCCCAGGAGUGAGGAACAUACCCAGAAAACUUAAUGUUACAUUGUUGAAAGACAAUAGAUUUAAAAAGUCACUUUAUUCUGCAAAGGGAUGUGGUGAACCGCCAUUACUGUUAGGUGUGUCUGUUCAUGAAGCAUUACAGGAAGCAGUAAUGGCUGCCAGAAAGGAUUCUGGGAAAGAUGGAUACUACCAACUACCAUGCCCAGCUACUGUUGAUAAGAUAAGGAUGGCAUGUGGUGAUGCAAUAAGUCAACAGUGUGACAAGCAGUUGAAACCUUCUGAGGAGUUUAUCCUGUAUUAAUUUUGGAGGACUUAUUAAAAAGCUGCAACAGUAUUUUUUUGUGUAUUUCUAUAGUUCUAUAAUUCAUUUCAGGUAAUUAGACUUGAUAGACUGAUAAGUAUGGCAAUUUUAUUUGAUAGAAUAUAUAAUUGAGUUUAAAGAUAGAUGCUACACAGUUUAAUUGAUAUAUUGAAGCCUUGGCUAAUGUAUAUUUUGUUUGUUUUGUUAUUCCUGUCAACAUGGUCAUUGCUUACAAUAUAAAACUGUGCUGUUUCUUUAGUGAUAUAGUAUUGUUUGUUUUUUGUAAAUGCACCCUGUUUCUUUGUGUUUUAUGAAACAAAGAGGGGGAAUCUAUUUUCCUUUUUGAUUUAUAUUUUCUUGUGUGAUAUAAAGUAACUUGUGAAUGUAUACUUACCAAAAUGGUUGUGAUACAUACAAUUAUUAUUAGCCUUAUCACCUAUUUUUAAAUCUUUUUUAUUUGAGUCAAUAUAUUGACAUAAACAGUUUUGUAAUUUAAUAAUACGGUCAGAAUUUCUUCGAUUUUCCUUUUUUUUACUGUUAUCCCAUGAAAAAAAGCUUACAAAAAAUUUGGAUUGCAACAUAAACUGGUCUUUAAGGAAGACAAUCAGAUUUAUUUUCUUUUAAAAAUUUAUUCCCGUAAUAGUAAAAUAUAUGGUGUUCAGGAGGUAAUUCUUGAUAUUCAUCUCAUAGAAAAAACAUUGAUUUCAAAGAACAAUACUGUCUCAUGGGAACACACACUAGGAAACGUUAAAGAAAAUUCCCCAUGUUUUCACUACAAAUUUAUAUAUUUAAGCUAUAUUUUAGCUAGUAACCUUGUGUGUCAAAAAUUUUAGAAUUUUUUUUACUAAUGACUAGUAAAUGCAUGCCAACUUGAAAGAUGAAUAUUAACAAUAAAGCUUCACUUAGGGACAUUUAUUAAUACAUUAUCAUUGACUUUAAACAUUAUUCUUUCCAUUUUAUAAUUAAUCCCUGUUGCAAUAGUAUAUCCGUACUCAAAGACAUUGAAGAUAAACCAAUUACUGGUAAGAAAGCAUGACAAACUAGAAUUUGCCCUCACUGGUAACAAAAAAUUCUAAAAUAUCUUUAUUCCCCUUUUGGUGCAAAAACAAUAACUUCAAAUGGUAGUUUAGUUUACCAGUUUUUUUUUCAAAGUAAUUAUAUUUUUGUUAGUGAUUGUUUCAAUGUCAUUUAAUCUGGAUGCUUUAACUGUAUUCUCUGUACUAUAUCUUUUUGUCUAAGAUCUUUUAAAUGAAAGCGUUUAGUGGGCAUUUUCUGUUGUAUUUUGUUUAUUGUUAUUUUAAAUGUUGUUUUUGUGAUACUAUUAUAUUUAGUCAAUAAUAUUAUAUUAGGUCAAUUUUGAAUGAUUACUUUAAAAUGUUCUUGAACAAAUCUUAACUAAAGUGAUAACAGUUUAACACUAGGUUAUAAUGGGUGUAAAAUUGGAAUUUAUGAUUUGAAAAUUUAGUGACAGGCAUGAAACAAAUAUUUAUUCAUUAAUAUUCAUUAACUUUUGAAUAAGUAGCAUUUAGGCCAUUUAGGUAGACAGGAGAUAGGGAUCUUGACCCCUGACUAGCCAAUGAAACUUUUACAAAAUAUUUUUCAGAAAAUGCUUUGUGCAUCAUUUCAUCUGUUUUAUUUUGGAUUCAAAUUCAUUUUUAAGAAUCACAUAAAAAAAGACUAAAUUGUGCCAUAUUUACACUUUUUUUGCCCUCAUUUUCUCAUCAUUUCCAGCUUAAUAAUUAGUCACCCCCAGCCAGACCAACUUGGUUAAGGGAAACCUAUUUUGUUAUGAAGGGUACUCCUUGCAUAGCUUGUUUAUACUGCAAAUAGCAUUGUAAGGCAAAAACUGCCAUCUCCUGAGACAUACUGGGCUAAGUUUAUUUGGGGAAUCAUUUUCCGAUAUGAAUCGAUCAUAAUGGUUAGUUGUAUUUGUUUGAGAGACUAAAGAUUUAUUCAUAUCUGUUUACAUACAUUUUAUUGUAGUUAUUGCUUGUACUUAUUUUGAUUGUUACAGUUUUUUGCUGAUGAUUAUUGUAAUUGUUAUAAUUUUUAAUUUGUUUUUCAUUACUAUUACCCAAAUUAUUUGUUUUGUCAAAACAAUUAUAUAGACUAGUCAAUUUUAUUACAAAUUUUACACAAUUAUAUAUUUAUUAACUCAAUUGCAUUAUUUUGAUAAUAACCAAUUGAAGGAAAUUAUUACUUUCGGCCUUAUUUAUAUUCAAGAAGGAGGAGAACUAUAUUAAUACUGUAAAUUCAGAAAUUAUUGACUGUAUUCUUUUUUUUUGCAAUGUUAUGAGUUUACUAAAGAUAUCUUUAAGGAAAUGUCUUAUAAGAUUUAUUUUCAAGAUAACAAUUACACAAGCUGUACAUAUUUUUCCAGCAAUGGGAAUUAAAUGGAGUCAGCUCUGUGCUAGUAUUCUAUUAGCUUUAGGUUAUGUAUAUCAUAUCAGAGAUCUUCCUCAAAAGCUUGAUAUUGGGUCAGGCAGACUGAGUAGGAGGACUAAAUGUCAAAAGUCUCAUCUUCUUUCUGUCUUCAAAAUUUAUUUAAGAAAAUGUCCUCUUUUCUAAUUUUUUGAGAUUGAACAAUAUAUAUUGAGAUAUGAAACAGCACAAUUUUCCAUUUUUCACAAAAGAAAUCAGACAAGAACUAGAAAGCUUUUGAUAUUUCCAGGUAUUUUGCAACUUUUUUGAAUUAUUCAAAUAGUUUUUUUGUUCAUGAAAUUUAGCACCAUCCUUAUGAAAAUAUUAAACUUGCUGGACAGUUAUCAGUAAUUGGUAAUGUAAACAAAUCUGAUAUUGUUAGGAUAAGUCUUAUAUUAUCGAUAUUUUACUUUGGACAGCCUUAUAUGCAAGGUGUGAUUAUAAAAUUUUUGUAUAUGAAAUUUCAUUCUAAAAGAAUCACAAUAAUAAAUGCAAGGCUCAAUUUCUGAAUUUACAGUUAAUAUCUAUAAAACUACCUCUUUCACAAAUAUUCCCAUUUUCUAUAUGUAAGCAGAUGUUAUUAUGAGUAAAAUAAAAUUUGGUACCAUA